AUGGCGAUGUUGAAAUUAUCAGUCAUUCUAAUUGUUCUUGAUUUCGCUUUCUUCCCGUGUCUCACCACAAGCAUUGGACAGUACGACUACUUUCAGAUGGUAUACCAAUGGCAGCCAGCCUACUGUGUUGGUAGAAAAGAUCCUUGCAGAAUAAAACCAUCAAAAAUCUUUACCAUUCAUGGUCUAUGGCCAAGUAAUUUUUCAGACAUUCCAGGGGAUAAGUGCAAGGGGGCACUCUUUAACGACAGUCUGAUGAGUCAAGAUCCAACAUUGGUAUCCGAACUACAGAGAUCGUGGCCAGACGUGGGAGGUGGAGAUGAUAUGGGGUUUUGGGGACGUCAGUGGAAUAAACAUGGGACAUGUUCGGAACAGACAUUUGGGCAAAUUCAAUAUUUUCAGCGAGCAGACGCCAUUUGGAACAAAGCGAAAAUGAAUAUUACUAUGAUCCUUAAAAACAAUAAAAUCUCAGCAGGGGGGGGGAAAUAUAAUUACACGCAUAUAGAAGGAGUCAUCAAACGGGCAAUCGGUGACACACCCAUCAUUCGUUGCAUAUGGAGAAAGAGGGCUCAGUUGUUGCAUGAAGUGGUUACUUGUUGGUCCCAAGACGGUCAAAAUUUGAUCAAAUGUAACUCUACGCAAAAAUGCAGUUCGAAUUUUGAUAUCGAAUUUUUAUAA